AUGCCAGGGGAUUCCGCGAAGGAGGGGGGCGAUUUCGUCCGCCGUUACGCGCCGUUGGUGAUGCUCGUGGAUGGGAUGAACAAAGAGGUGGAAUGGCAGGUGGUGGUGGGGCACGUGGACGAUCCGAGCGGGAAAUCCGUGGAUGCCGCGCACGAAGGGGGGGUUCCUUCGUUGAGGUUUUCGCUCGAUGGUGUGGCGGAGGCCGUGGCCUGCGAGGCCGCCGUGCUGGCGAGGCUCGCGCAAAAAAAGGCGGAGGAGAUCGAGAAAUCAAACGAAGAACAGGCAAAUGGCCCUCCCGCGGGAUUGAUUUCUUCUCCAGAGAAUCCGGUCGAGGUGGACGCGAGCGAGGAUGAGGGCGGCGAGGUCAAGAACGAUGAUGGGGUGGACGUUGUGGAAUUGGACUAA